GGGCAGGCAGACUGAAGAGUCGCCUCACACGUACACCACAAUAGCAGCAUAACCACCAUUAAUAAAUUAAUAAUAUCAAUAGCAAUCGGAGUCACGCGCGCAGCGCUAGCAUACGGUUUGGUGCGUUUCGGAUUGAAUAGAUUGUCGAUUGAUUUGAUUUUGCAGACACCGCUUCCCUCCGGAACUGCUAAGGGCUGCUGCGGCAUAUGGAAACCGUCGUCGUCAGAUGCGGCUGCUUGCCUCCUCCUCCCUCUCCCUCUCCAUCUGGAGAUAGAUGGCUUCACAAACAAUUGAUCAACCGAAAUACCUCUAUGACAAUGCCGAUUGCUGGUCUUGGGAAAGGUGGCGGGGUUCUGGAUAAACCUGUCAUAGAAAAGACCACUCCUGGCCGUGAAUCUGAGUUUGAUUUGAGGAAGGCAAGGAAAAUGUCCCCUCCUUACAGGGUGCUGCUGCAUAAUGACAAUUACAACAAGAGAGAAUACGUGGUGCAAGUGCUCAUGAAGGUUAUACCAGGAAUGACUCUUGACAAUGCUGUGAAUAUAAUGCAGGAGGCACACUACAAUGGAAUGUCUGUGGUGAUAAUAUGCGGUCAAGAUGAUGCAGAGGAACAUUGCAUGCAACUCAGAGGUAAUGGGCUUUUGAGCUCAAUAGAGCCUGCCAGCGGUGGUGGUGGGGGAUGUUGAAUAGGAGAUGCACGCAUGCCGCUAAUGGUACAAAUAUGUUGGCGUGUACAUACGGAAGCUACUCUGGAAAUUGGAUAGUUCAUCCACAUUACCAUGAGAACCCUACAUAUUUUUCAGUGCAGUGCUGUGCCGUGCAGUGCCGAAUGACUGCUAUUCAGGACAACCUUCUUCAUAUGUGUUUGGUGUAUCAGUAUAGUAACUAUAGUAUGGUAAGCAGAAUUUACUAUGGCAGUGCAUGCACCACCCCUGGGUUACGAAGAAUACAAGGAACUAGUGCCAAGAGACUGACUAUUUGUUAAUUACAGAUGCGUAUGCUUUUGAUUUUAUAGGAUAGGAUAGGGUAGCAUAUAAUCAAGAGUAGUAAUCAAUAUUGUGCAAACAAAAGGCCAAACGAUCGUAAGCAACAGCCUGAAUGCAUGCAUGCAUGCAUUAGGUAGCCAUGGGUUGCCCUUGCAAUCACCCCAGUACACGCAGAGGGACAGGGGAGAGAGAGAGAGAAGAGCAGUAGGGUGGGAUGCAAGAAUGGAUUCGAAAACGAAUGUUCUCCCUGGAACAGCAGGAGCAGCUCUACUUAUUA